AGGAAGGAUAGAGAGAACGAGUUUUACUUUUAUGUACAAGAUAUUGUCGGCGGCUAAACUGAAAGCGCGAUUAUUAGAAUAUACAUGAAACUGCGAGAAUCAUCUGCCCACACGUAUAAAUAAGCGUGCUCCUUCAUACAGGUUCUACAACAAAGAUUUCAACAAGCCUUUGCAGAAGAAAGAUCAAACAAACAAAGCUGUUCGCCGUUCUUGCGCAAAUUUAAGGCAAUGUCUCUGAUUCCAAGCUUCUUUAGUGGCGACCGCCGGAGCAACGUCUUCGACCCCUUUUCAUUGGAUAUCUGGAAUCCCUUUGAGGGCUUCCCUUUCACCACCGCCGUCGCCAACGCUCGCAUAGACUGGAAAGAGACGCCGGAGGCCCAUGUGUUCAAGGUGGAUGUUCCUGGAUUGAAGAAAGAGGAAGUUAAGGUGGAGGUUGAGGAUGGCACAAUUCUACAGAUAAGCGGGGAGAGAAGCAAAGAGCACGAGGAGAAGAAUGAGAAAUGGCACCGCGUGGAGAGGAGCAGCGGCAAAUUCCUCCACCGCUUCAGGCUGCCGGAGAAUGCCAAGUUGGAUCAGGUAAAGGCGGCAAUGGAGAAUGGGGUGCUGACAGUCACGGUGCCAAAGGAGGAGGUGAAGAAGCCAGAGGUGAAGGCCAUUGACAUCUCUGCUUAAUUCCCAGGCUUGCACAUCUGUGUGUCAGUUGUGUACGUUUGAUGACGGUACUGUAUUCCCAAUUGUAUGCAUAUAUUUGGGGAAACUGUGUUUUUUAGUCGUAAAAGUGAUGUAUUUGUGCAGUGAGAUUGUAAAGUUUGAGUAUCAAUAAAGAAACAGCAUAUUAGUGUUAAAAAAAAGUGAAGAGUAUUCAGAUAUUAGAUACAAAGGUGGUAGAUAUUGGGUGAUUUUAGCUUCUUGAAGCACAAGUUUUGAGUAGAGGUUGAUAUUCCAAACCAUUCUAAGAUGCUGCAACCACUCGUUAAAUCUUUUAGGCACAGUUUAUAUCUCUACAAGGAAUACUAUCUACAAGAACUAAGAUCAUAAAAAGUACAUAUUCUAAUCACCUGAGUUAGCCCAAGUUGUCAUUUGAAGUACAUUGGCCACAUCGAGCAAAUGACGAGAGCAAGCUCAUGACAC